AUGCCUCUCCGAACCGAUAUCUCGGCGCAGCAGCCUAGGGUCGCUGGGACCACUGAUAGCUACCAGGAUAACCUCGAUGUUGAUGUCUUGAUCGUUGGCGCCGGCUUUGCGGGUGUCUACCUGCUGCAUCGUCUGAGAGAUGAGCUGGGCCUGAAUGUCAAGGUGUACGAGGCUGGGACUGAGCUGGGAGGCAUUUGGCAUUGGUGUCAGAACUGCUAUCCAGGUGCCCGCGUCGACACUCCCGUACCUUGCUACGAGUACUCCUUCCCAUCGAUCUGGAAGGAAUGGACAUGGAAAGAGAAGUACCCGAGCUGGAAAGAGCUCAGAGAAUACUUCAAGUUCGUCGAUCAAAAGCUAGACAUCAAGAAGGACGUUGCAUUCGAGAGCAGAGUUAUCAGCUCCGAGUACGACCCAAAGGCGAACAAAUGGGUAGCGAAGACUGAAGAUGGCCGGACGGCACGCUGCCACUACCUCAUCAACGCACUUGGCUUCGCAGCAAAGAGAAGUUUUCCAGACUGGAAGGGUAUGGAGAACUUUAAGGGCGAGAUCCAUCAUAGUUCUUUUUGGCCUGAGGGAGGUGUCGAUGUCAAGGGCAAGAAGGUCGCUGUUGUUGGUACCGGAGCCACAGGUAUCCAGUUAUCCCAAGAGAUCGGCCAACAGGCAGCGUCGACGACAGUCUUCCAGCGUACACCAAACCUUUGCUUGCCAAUGAGACAGCGCAAGUUGACUGCGGAAGAGCAAAACGCUGCUAAGGAUACUUACCCUGAAUACUUCAAGCACCGCAUGACAACCUUCGCUGGCUUUCCCUACGACUUCGCGGAUAAGAACACCUUCGACGACAGCCCCGAGGAGCGCGAGAAGUUCUUCGAAGAGCGGUGGCAGAACGGCGGCUUCGAGUUCUGGCUUGCGACCUACAAAGACAUGCUCUUCGACUGGGACGCCAACGCUGAGACCUGGAAUUUCUGGCUCAAGAAGACCCGCGAGCGCAUCAAGGACCCACGGAAGCGCGACAUCCUCGCACCCACCAAGGCCCCUCACGCCUGGGGCACGAAGCGCCCUUCGCUCGAGCAGAACUUCUACGAGGUCAUGGACCAGCCCAACAACGACGUGGUAGAUAUCAAAAACAACAACGUCGUCGAGGUCAAGGAGAACGGGCUGGUGACUGAGGACGGACAGUUCCGGGAAUUCGACAUCAUUGCUCUGGCGACUGGGUUCGAUGCUGUGACGGGUGGGAUGAAGAACAUGGGCUUGAAGGACAUCAACGGGAUCGAUAUCAACGAGAAGUGGGCUGAGGGAACAAAGACGUACCUUGGCAUGACCCUCUCCGGCCACCCGAACCACUUCUUCCUGUACGGCGCUCAGGGCCCGACGGCCUUCUCGAACGGACCCAGCUGCGUUGAAUUGCAGGGCGAGUGGAUCGUUGAUGCGAUCGCGAAGCUGAGGAAGGAGAACAUCCAGUAUCUUGAUGCGACGAAAGAGGGCGAGGAUAGGUGGUUCAACUACAUCAAGGAGAUUAACGAUAAGACGUUGUUCCCUCAUACGAACAGCUGGUAUAUGGGCGCCAAUAUUCCUGGAAAGGUCAGGGAACAGCUGAACUGGCCAGGUGGGUUCCCGCUGUAUGAGGAGAAGACGAGGGAGGUGUUGAAUAACGGAUUCGAGGGCUUUACGACGCAACCACCGGCGGCCGCAGCAUAG